AUGACACUAUCCUCACAUAACGACCCCAUGGACACGCGCAAGAGAUCACCAAGUAAUUCCCCAACUCCCGACACAGUCUUCUUGGAAGCAUGCGACAUUUACUUCCGACACUCCCAUAAUAAGCCCUACGGCUUCUUCAAUGCCGAACUCUUCCAGCAAAAGGCAGCAAAGAACCUCGUACCCCUCCAUCUUCGCCUCGCCUUGAUCGCAACUGCCACUCGCUACUCCUCCCGCUCGCAAUGGCGAGAAAGGAAACAGAGCACGAUCGAUGGCUACGCCCGAUGCUCCUGGGAGCUAAUUGUGACGUCGCAGAACGGGUUAGAUGACACCGAUGAUGUGACGGUGAUUCAAGCCCUUGCCCUCUUGGCUGUGAUCGAUGCCACCGCUGGCCGGCGGCGAGGCGCAUGGGUGAAAAUCGGUAUGGCAGUACGAAUCAGCCAAGAUUUACAAUUGAUGCUCGAACCAAGCGCGAAAUUCUCCAGCUUGGAGCGCGAUGAACGGAGGAAUCUCUUCUGGUCAUUAUAUCUCCUUGAUCGCUUUGUGUGCUGCUCCUUCCAACGACCGCCCGCGAUCAAGGACUCGGAUUGUCUGCUUAAUCUACCCACGUAUCGCAGUUCGGGAAAGAGAGAGUCAACGACGACAUUGAAGGGCUUAUUAGAUGAGAAUAACCGAGAUACGACGCUUCGCCCGGGAAUGUUUGGUAUCAGUAUUGCAUUAGUGUCCGUACUUGGGCGGACGAUCAAGUGCAUGAUGAACACCGAGGAUAAUCAAGAGAAGCCCUGGCAUCUCGAUUCUGAAUACCGAAGGAUUCACCGAGACUUGGAGUUUUUAAAAGAGCUAGCCGUCAACAACAGUCCCGUCCUGGCUGCGCCGGGAGAAGCUCGUCCUCAAGAUGAGAUGCAUGACAGCGAUCGCGAGCGCAUUGCGCAUAUGGUCCUCUCUCAUACUUUAUACCACCUCUCCCACUGCAUUCUCAGCCAUCCAUAUCUCCUCAGCUUGAAGAUACAAUCCGUUCCAGUCUCCGAUAUGCCGCCCGCCUGGCUGGAAGAAACCCGCGCAACGUGUCUGGUACAUGCCGGUUCUUUAAUCACCGUUCUUGUGGAAGCCAAGGCAGCGGGGUAUAUGCCCGUCCCUUCGGUAUACAGCUACUGCAUCCUCGUGGCAAGCACCAUCCACGCACUCUAUUUGCACAGCGACGAUAUAGCCGUCAGCCACGGCUCGGCCGAAUACCUGAAGACAUCACUCGAGUACUUGGGCGAAGUGUCCGAGUUAUGGACAAACGCACAAAUGAUAGCCAACGCCCUAAAAUCCUUCGCCCUCCAAUGCGGCCGAUACAGCGACCUCCUCCUCCGCGAGAAACCGCUCGUCGACGAACUCACCCCCACAGAAGCAGCCGUCCUCCGCUCCGUACUCGACUACUGGGCCAUGAUGGACCCACACAACGCAGUCUUCGACGUCGCGCAGAACGGCGUCGACGGACUCCUCCAUAACCCUGACAUCGGGCCGGGUUACUUGACGCCACCGACGCCUGGUGCAGUGGCAGUGGAGGGGAUCACGUUGGGGGUGGAGAUGUCUCACUCUGUUGGGUUUGGGCAGAAGAGUGGUGAUUCGGUGGAUCCGGAUAUCUUGAUUCAGUGGCCGGCGUCUAUUAUGUCGCCGAUGGCUUCUGAGGAUGGGGGGUCGCCGAGGUGGGAUUGGGAUUCGGAGCUUAAUGCUAUGAAUGAUUAG